UCAUUGUCUCAAUGGCUGCACACGCAUUCCUCCUCAGCUCCCUCGCCUUGCUGUCCGCUCUCAGCCGGCCUGGGCUCUCCUUCUCUGAGGAAGAGUAUCAGCCUGGACUCAUCUAUGAAGAAGUGCCUAAAAUUCUUGACAGAAGCAAAGAGAACCCCAAACGAGCAACGAGAGUCACAUCACGUCAAGAUGGUGGGUAUGGCUUAGAAAGUGAAGAGGUUAUUUUGACGCCUGAAGAUGAAAACCCACUCAGGAGAAUACUGCAGCCUUUUAACUGGCAUCAGCCAGGGAUGUCUCACAGUAAGAGGAAGCUGCUCCAGUCUCUGAUGGGGCCUUAUGGCCCACUGAGUGUGUCUUACAAUGGGAAGACCUGCAUUCUGUUCAAGGCAAAGCGCUUGGCAAUCCGCUACAGGAACCAUACCUUUAUUGACCUGACUGAGAAGGUCUUCAACACCAACACACCUGUGGACACUAAAGGCUCCAUCUGCACAAAGGAGAAAGCUACGCUUUCAUUAAGGUUUGGUGAUCUGGAGGACUUGCGAGGGCUAGUCAUCAGGCUUCAAAUGUCAAACACUUUUUAUGAAGCAGCUGGUCAAAACUGGUUCACACUAGACAGUGUUCACAUCCACUACAACUGGACCCAGGAGGCCACGUUUAACGCCAGCGAGGUCUACGCUCCGGCCACUUCAUCCUACCAUUGCCAGCACGUCAGCAGCCUGCACAAAUACGACACCCUGCUCGUGCCCAGCUCCCACACUGACACAUCCGCUAACUGGCACAUCACUUUCACUGAUUUCCAGAUCCAGGCCUUCAAUGUGCAGUCAGACAAAUUUGCGUCGGCCAGUGACUGUGCCACUUUCCUGACACCCGCCAUCCUGAUGGGCUUGGUGACAUCUCUGAUCCUGCUCCUGGUCUUAGCCUAUGCCCUGCACAUGGUGGUACACCUCAAGCACAUCGACCGCUAUGAGGAGCACAAAGCCACCGUCUACUUUCCCCGUAGUCCAGAAGCCGAGUUGCCAGACAAGAACAGCCUGUAAAGGAAAAAGCUGGAGAACGACAGGAGAGAGGGAGAAGGAAAGCUGAGAAGUGACGCAGAGGGGAGUGCAAGUGAAUACAAAGAGUGAAAAAGUAUCCUCCACAGAAUAUUUGUUCAACAAAAUGACAACUUUGCCUGUUCAUAUGAAAACCUUGUACAUCUCAACUAGUUUAAGUAAAUGCAGACCGUGGUUGGA